GGAGGAGCGGGGACUGGGGGUGUUACAGCGGGGUGUGCUCCUGAGGAGGGCAGUCACAGCGGCGGAGUGUCCACGGUGGCGGCGGACAGAGAACACCGGAGGACGGGGUUCGACGCCAGCGUGCAUGUGCAGCCAUGGAGCCUGCGGUGGCGUUGAUCCUGCUGCUACACUGAGGACCCACUCCUCCACCUGCCUCAGAUGUGAUCAUGUACAGUGUGGAGGACCUCCUCAUCUCUCAUGGAUACAAGCUGCCCAAACACAAGCCCUCCAGCUCGGGCCCUCCUGCCCGGCCCGCCCCCUCGGCCUCACCCCCCUCCUACAGCAGGCACCAGCAGCUCCUGGAACGGCCCCGCACCGUCAACGGCUUCUGCAGCUACACCCUCAGCCACAGCCACACGCGGGACCGCAGCCAGUCAAGACAAGAGGGCCGCCUCAACGACACCGGCUUCUGUGAUGCAAACCGCAGUCUUCAGCUGCAGGCCAAGGAUGUGUCCUACUGGAGGAGGAAAGGGCAGGACUUUGCUGUGUUGUUAGACUACACAGACUACAAAGAAGGUGCUGCUAAUGGUCGACAAGGAGCUUAUGUAAGACCAGACAGGGCUGAGGAGGUGAGGGGCUCGGGGCCUCUGGAGGAGUGUCCCAGGUCAGAGAGGCCUCACUGCAGGGACAGUCAGCUGCUGCUGCCCUGGAGGACGGCUGAGAGGAAGUGCCAGAGCCUGGGUGCAGAGGAGUGGCACCCAGCUGAACAACGCCUGCUCUCCAGGACUCCAGAGGGCAUGGUGCUCCCCCGGACUAAAGCCAGGACUCAGUCUCUGCCCAGGAUGCAGGCCAACUGUCGGCAGUACGUUCCUCUGUUUCACCAGAGCACCUACAGAGCCCCACGCUGGCCAGAAAACGGCAGACCUGCCAGUGCAAACCCUCUGUCAAUCACACCAAAGCCACGCUUCACACGCCCCCCCAGGCCCCCCUCUUAUGAGAUGCACCAGCAGAUCAGGGGCAGCUGUGAGCUACUGUCUGGGAGAGAGCUGACCAGGGAGAGAACACCCCUCCCAAGGUUAAGAACAACAGAGUCUCAGCUGGACUACUUUGCACAGGACUGUGGACCACCAGGGUACAUCCCUCCCCCAUCCUAUAAGAGAGCCCCCAUCAUGGAAGGCGUCUGCAGGGAUUAUGGGGAAGUUGCCAUCAACUAUAGGUACAGAGGAGACAUGUACCAGCAGCUGCACAGGGCUCCAGAUGGCUCUCAUUGGUGCCCCCCACAUGUUGGAGGCUGCAGCACCACGCCCCACUCCAGGCAGCUCUACCCUGUCUACAUGACCCAGGACAGGCCAGGAGGGAGGGUCCAGUAUCUGCCCUUUGACCACCCCUCAUCAUUAGGAGGAAACUCCCUAACGGACUCUGACAAGAUCCGCCACAUUCGCAAGGAGCUUCCAAGCCUCACCGUGUCCGAGCCAGCUUCCGGUAACAGUGCCUUUUUGCCCCCUCCACUGGGACCUUCUUCACUCGUGGUUAAUGACUCUACCUAUGGGGAGUUUGACAGUGACAAUACCAGGUGGCACAGACAUUUGCACAAAGAAACUGUAGAUAACAUCCCAGCAACUGACCAAAACUACAAUAACAGAUACCACAAAAUCCAACAUGGCCGUCCAACAUCUCCCUUUUCAGCUUUCCAUGUGCCAACGUCCUCCUCAAGUCUGAGGUGCAAGUCAGAGCAAGGCUUUUUAGAAACUAUCACCCAAGUGAAGCAGAUCAAACCUGACUUUGGCGCAGACAACAACAGGAACCCCAAGAGAAGAUUCAGUGAGACCAUCUUCUGCCUUGUGUCUGUCCCAGUCCACACUCCCACAAACUUAAACAAAAAUGCUCCAGCAGACCAGAACAACAAUGACCCUGCCACCAGCCACAACAUCCCAGACACCUUUGCAGUGGGCCUGAAGGAGAGCCGCCCUGUGAGGAGCAGGUCAGUCAACCAAGUGCCCAUCUGGAGCCAGUGCUCUCUCCCUGACACCAGUGGUACCUCCUCCCUGAGGAAUUAUAAGAGGGCUCCUCUCAGAAAAGAGAUUAUUGAUGCAUGGGCUCUUCAGGCCAGUGACAGCAAAGACAUGUACUCCCGGUCAUGGCCUGGGAACCAGUACCGCAACCAGGAAACUCAGACCGGUUCCCCAUUGGUCAAGAGUCCAGAACCUGAGGAUAAACCUACUCAGGCAGUGCCAGACACCAGCGUAGACAGUACAUCAGGAAAUGGUUACUGUCUAAAAGACCAGAAAAACCUCCAGCUUUCCAGCAAUAGUGCGUUUUCUCUAAUUAGUCCUACCCAAGCUCCAUAUAAGGAGCCUCCAUUGUCAGACUCCAACAAAGAGAAGCAGCCUGUGUCCAGUCCCAUACUCUACGCCCCAGAGCCCUCAGCAGACAACACAGAGCAUGUCAACUUUGGUCAGUUCCUGCUAAAACCUGUGGAUCGGCGCCCCAGUGAUUAUAUUGGUGAGUUAGAAAGCAUUAACAAAGAGAUGGAGGACACCAUUAGCAAAAGGGCCAAUAUGAGUUUGGGCAGGAAAGGAAAGAAGAAAGCCAAUGUGCACCAAUCAGGGGCACAGUCUAUGGAAGAGAUGCAUUUAGAGAAGCCUACUUAUAUUAACAUGCGUUCAAAGUCUUUUACCUCUACUGCUGACACUGACACGGACAUAAGCUGUUCAUUGUUCAGGCCACAUGAAAAUGAAAAUGUCCCACCAUCUCAAGAGCACAGCGACUUUACUCUGGACAGUGACCUAACCCCACAGGACAUCCCAGUUCCUCAGGAGUCCAUGCUUCGAGACGUCGGCCUCAAAGUCUACACUGAGACUGGGCCAAUGGAGGCAGCUCCACGAUCAAGCUCUGUUCCACCUUUUCAAUCUUUUGAUGAGCAAUCAUGGGAAAAAAUGACCACCGUAAACAUGUGCAAAGACAGCCAGGAGCACAAGGUAAACAGAGAGUCUAAAGCUAGAAGCAGCCAUAAGCAUCACACAUCUGGAGUGAGUUUAAGGAUCUGCCGGAGCCGCAGCGAGAGCAGCAGAUCUUCUCAUAAGAGGGAGUGUUCACCUCAUGUCAACAAGCUUAACCGUGUCAAGUCGUGUCCCGGGGGUAACCAGCCUACAUUAGCUGAUGAGCAUUUAGAGAGCUUGUUAAUAAAGGAGAAAACCAAUUCUCUACCGGCGGAGGACCUCAGUCACCUGUAUGAGAUCAAAUGUGCCGAAGGGAUCCCCGAAAAUGAGUCAAUUGAGCAGAGAGCCGCAAGGAUUCUGGGCAUUGCUAUUCCAGUUGGAGCCUUGUGUGUUGACAAAGAGGAGAUACAAGGCAAUGGUGAGUCUAACAUUGAUGAAGAGGAGGGAAAUGUCGAGAAAGAUCCUGCCAAAUGUACAAUGUCCACACCAUUGGUUCACAACGUAGAACCAACAAAAACUGGAUAUUGUGAGGAGACAAACCUGGACAUUGUGGAAAGUCCAGUGGAGGAGCGUAGCUUAUCUGCUGCAAUUUGUCCGGACUCUGUGAAAGAUAACCAAAACAAGGAGACUAAGCAGCUGGGAGAAUGUGCAAUGUUAAGUAGAGAUGUUAGUGAAGUAAGUCAGGAAGACAGUGAUGAGAAAGUUGCAAUAGAUGAAACGCAAGACAACUUACACAUGUAUUUUGAGCAAAUACAGGGAUUAGAGUCGAAGGAGGAGGUUGUUAUUGCACUAGUAAAUGAUGAGGGAAUCAAAGAAGUAGGUGAACUGACAACAGAGCAUCCAGGUAAAGUUGAGCUUACAGAUGAGGGAGGUAUUGGAGAGAAGGGGCCAGAGGUGGGCAAAGCAACAGUAAGCAAAGAAAGCCGGGUAGCGCCUCCCAAACCACCGAAACCCAAACAGCGUACCAGGCUCCAAAAACCAGCCCUACUUCCCAAACCGCGCUGUGUACCCAAGAGGGAGAUCAGUCUGCCCCGUUACAGCACCAGCACCACGGAGGAGGCCCCGGACACUGUUCCUGACACAUACGACCCAAGCCGUGUGGAGAGAGUGUAGGCCUGGCACAGAGGAACAUCUUCCAUCACUGUGGAAUGACCAUUGGUCCUGGACCCCUCUGGAUUCCUCUGGGUCCCUCUGGGUCCCUCUGGGUUCCUCUGGGUCCCUCUGGGUCCAGUCUCUUCUUCACACAUCCUCUACAUGUCCUGGCCGCAGGGGCUGCUCUGAGCCUUCAGCACAUCUCUUUCUUUUGGCAAAUGUCAGUGUUCCAUCUGCACUCUAGCUUCUUGAGCUUGUGUGGAAAAUGAAUGUAGAAGUGCUUCUCUUUUGGAAUAUUACAUGUCAGAGUAGAAAAGAAAAUAUCAUUAUAGUAUUGCAUCACAAUCAGUAUCCCCUCCCCCCAAAUGUACAUAAGGCGUUUCUUACAGACUUAUAAAGUACUAUUCAGCAGAAGAAAUGUAUAUUUUCUUAUCAGUGUGUUACAUUUUAGAGAUCAAGUCUACUAUGUAUGUGUCCCCUGCUCUUUAUCCUUUUGUGUGAUAGAGAAUGUACUGAAAUGAUCAACACUGUGCUCCUUGAGUCUCACUCACAGCAAUAUUGUUGUCCUAUACACAGUGUGUGUGGUGUCUGUACGCCAGUCUCAUUUAUGUUAGCAAUCACCUCAUGUACUCAAAGUACUCCCCAGUACUCUGGCUCCAGUUUCACCACUCUUUCCUCUCAGUGAAGCUCACUUUUACUGUACUAGAGUAGUUCAAGAAGGAAGGCUUAUCAAAAGCACAACCUAUUAAUAAUUAUUAAAAUAAUGAUUAUAAUAAUUAUUACAAACCCAGUGUGAAGCUAAAUAAUUUGGAAAUGAAUCCCUGUGUGUUUAUGAUAUUUAAAAAUAUUAAUGCCUAACCCUUCUACAGGUGGGUCUGGAGAUAUCUGUUUAUGAACUCAUCUUGUGGCAUAGUCAAACGUGUGGCGUAUCUGUGCUAUUUGAGUGUCCAGUUCCUCAGCUGCUGGUGAAGUGUUGUUUCCUUGUAAGGACUUCUGCUGUGGACAAGUCAGGUUAUUAGGUUGAAUGUAAAGUUUAAACCAUUAAGCAUUUCACUCAUUCAACUUAACAUUAUUUUCUACUUUUUAAAAUAUAUAUUUUAUGGCAAUAAUUCUGAUAGAAACAUGAUACUGAGUGUGGUAUUUAGACUGUACACAAUAAUGUUGAUUAACAUUAUCUUCUCAAUAAUUAAAAAUAACAUAUCAGUAUAUUACAUUGUAUGCGCAACUGCAAUUGGUAAACUCUCAUUGUAUAUGGGGUAGCAAUAUUAUUAUUAGUAAAGAUGAGUACUUACCAAAUGGAACUUUCUGCUAUGCACUGGGCUUGCUGCUGUGUGUGGCUUUUGGCUGGAUCAGUCAAGAUUAGGGGCAGUUGUGGCAAUGGCUUUGGAAACUGUAGCUGCUGGUUUGGCACUUCAUGGGAUGGUCUGUAUCCAGAUGUGGCAAUCGGCUAAUAGCAUGGCUUUUGCCAUUGCUAAGUGAGUGGGGCUGUUUGUGGGUAAAUGGGGCAGUGUGUUAGAGUGUGGCAGUUUUUGGUGAGUGGGACAGUUUGUUGGAAUGGAGCAGUUUGCUGGUGAGUUGGGCAGUUUGUUGGAGUGGGGCAGUUUUUUGGAAUGAGACAAUUUGUUGGCGAGUGGGGCAGUUUAUUGGCGAGUGUGCCGGUUGCCAGGGCCAGUUCAACUGUUGGGGCAGUCUUCAUAAUAGUGAACCCAGUACCUCUGUGUCUCUGCUCACUUUUCUACUGCAGAAUUCAUACAGACCACUGGUGCACAUUUUGAUUUAAUAUUUUCUAUUUUCAUAUAGAGGUCUUUUCAGCUUCUUUUGUAUGUGCUGCAUUUCUCCUAUUUGUGCAUGGAAUGUGUGACGUCACACAGGUGUAUUUGGUACUCUAUAGUUUAUCCAAUAACAAUGUUAUAUUUGCUAUAUUGUAUAUUUUAUUUCAAAUGUUAUACUGCAUAUUUAAAUAAGAACAAUGUAUUUUUAGAUCCUUGUGAAAAAAGAACUGGAGGCACAGUGUUGUCUAAUCACAUAGACAGUGAGCACCUGUACAGAGCAGUGCUGCAGUCUUCAGAAAUAAAGUUCUUUGCAUGAU